GUCUCGGUGCUCCUCAAAAAAAAAAAAAAAAAAAGCAAACCCUAACGCCUGAGAACUGAGGAGCGAACCGGCGGGAUGGCGGCGGCGGCGGCGGUGGCGGCGGCUGGGAGGGCAGUCCGGUACGGCGUGUUAUCGAAAGCGCUGCCGACACGGCUGCACAUCAACAGCGGCCGAGGUCUCGACAUCUCCGAGGCUGAGGGCCCUCUCGAUAGGUACAUCCAGGUGUUGAUGAAUGAAAGAAACCUUGGAAAAGUAAGGAGUAUAGAGAAGAUUUUGUCAAAAAGAGAUAUGGUGAGAGAAAGCUCUGAGAGCCUGAUCCUUGAGCGCAUGAAGAAGAUUGGCACACACAAUACGAAACAUGCGUGGAUGGUUGCUGGCGUCACUAUUUCCGGGUACUUGUUUGGGGCCGCAUUCGUUGCCCUUCUUACAGAGUCCCAACUGCCAAAGCGUGAAGAGGAGAAAGAGGCUUGAAUUCUGCCAAGACAAGAAGCUUGGAUUUGAAGAGUGAAAGAAGAGUACAAGGGUUUAGAAGUAAUGUAGUACCUUCCAUCCAUGCUUAAAUUGUUGACUCAGACCUCCCUUCAACAUUUAACUGAGACCCUUUUCCUUUUUUAUAUAUUUCAUGUAACUGCAAAGUAUGCUGUGCAAAUGCUUACCGGUGUUUCCUUUUCGAAUCCCUAAUAGUAGAAUUACUCUUAAUA